GGCUUUCGGAGUGUGGAACUUAGUAGUGUUCAGUAGGAGAAAUACGUUCUGUUUUAUCUAGGUUCCGUAAAAAUAGGCAUGAAUGGUUCACUAGUUUUUUUCUUAAAUUUAUUUUAGUACCUUAUUCCUAUAUAAAUAUUUAUUUAUAUUCGAAUUAAUACCGCUGUACUAACAAUUUCAAAAACGUUUCCUCCGCAUAAUAACUUUAAGAACUGCCCCGUGUACUGUAAUAUUUGAUACAAGUUUGGUUAAAAUAACAACCAACACCAAUAGUUGAUUAGAAAUUUCAUUUGAUAAAGGCUUGGCCUUGGCUUGGCUGGGCCUAAGAAGAAGAGAGGAGUGGAAUUAUCAACAGUGGGAGUGGCAAGAUUUCUUCUAAAGACUUGCAUAGAUUAGAUCCCUACAGUUGGUUAAGCAAAUGAAGGAAAAUUGACCUUAAUGUAAGUGGCCAAUAUAAAAUUAACUUUUUAAAGCCAAAACAAUCUAGACAAUGCCUAAUAGAGUAUUAGUAUUAUUAUUAUGGAUAGUCAUAGUCUAGUAAUAAUAGGGGCCUAAUGUAAUAAUUAAACUGAGUAUAUUCAAAGUCAAAGUAUAUAAAGUGUAGGUAUGGAUUGAUAUAUAGGUGAAUCAGUGUUAUAUAGUUAGACAAUAUUAUUCAGUAUAUAUAUUAUUAUGAUAUAGACUAUUAUAGAUUAGUAUAUUGUCUAUAUCUUGGAGUGGGGCAAUUGAGUAAACAGUGCAAGUUUUGACAAGAGUUGUCUCGCCCUAAGUCCUAAGGCUAAGGCAGUGACUGCAAAUUAGCCUGAAUAGGGCACAAUAAGCUAAUAGAUCAUAGGUGUCCUCUUUUUUUGGGUUAGAGUUAGGGCUACUCAGAUUAGGGUUUGGGCUACUCAGGUUAGGUUAGGACUUAGGCUAGGUUUGGUGAUAAAAUUUUGCUUUGGACUUGGACACCAUUUUUUUUUAUGUAUGCUAUAUUGUUGCAAAUAAGGGGAAAUGUAGUCCUCUAUUGAUGUCCUGUACCAUUGCCGCCCGUAAAUUAAAAAUUUACCGUUUUGGGUUUGGGCCUUAGGCAUAGUUUGAAAAUCGUGUUCAGUUACUUUUUCAAGUGUUAAAACCUGGCUUGUAUGUUAGAUUAUUAAUUAUUAAUAUUUAAACUGAUUAAUCUUAGGCAGGCCAACUAGACUAAAUUAUACUUUAAACAACUGGAGUGAUGACAAUGACGUAGUUGGUUUGAGCCCAUUCCACCCUUUACCACCUUUACUUUGGAGAUUUUAAAUAGGGGUGUGCCGGAUCCGUUUUUUCCAACCGGAUCCGGAUCCGGAUUUUCUUAUGCGAAAUCCGCCGGAUCCGGAUUCCGGUUUCUCCCGGAUUCCGGAUUUUGGUACUAUUGGUAGAUACUUCGGUAAGUCAAGGUGGACUACUACUUUUUGUGUAUGGGAAUUCGCAAUCGGCGCCAAAAAAUCCGAGUUUUUAAUUUUCCGAUGUGUGUGUCUAUUUAUUAUUAAAUUAGUACUUUCGAUAUAUAUUUGAGUUCCGUUCCAUUUGGAUAAGUGUCUUACGAGAGACGCCAUGUUUCUACGCGUUCGCAGCAGGUUAUGCAGCUCGCUCAACCUAAUUUCGCCAUGGGGUUGGCCACGCCCCCCUUUUUAAUGGCGGAAGUUGACGAUACUUAGGAAAUAUUAAUUUAUUAUCACUAUUUACAUCAAAAUAAUUGAUAACUUGUGUUUCAGAAUGCAUUUAAAGACAUUUAAACUGGAAUGUUUUAAUUUGAGCUUUAACAACCCGGUAGAAUCCAUAUUAUAAAUGAUCAGAAUUUACCGUGUGCAACACGUUGUCAUUGGCAACCAUUCACAGCCACUUGCAUAACUGUAUCGUAGUACUACCUCAGAGUUUCAUUCAUAAGAGUUUGCCGUGUGCAAAAACUAUUAAACCAUUGGUCAGGGAAAGCUUUAAUUAAUUAUUCAUGUGCCAAAGUUGAAAGUUUAAACUAAGUCUAAACAGUAUUUUAGUGAUAAGGCAGGGAAUGCGUUGCCUUAUAUAAACUAUAUAGUCAUUGCGCAUGACGGGAUUGGUGGAAUGAGAUCACAGAAUGUGGAGAUGCAGUCCAUGUUAAAAAAUGACAAACCAAGUCGUACUUUAAAAAUUCAUAACUUUAAAACUACAACAGCUAAAAAUAUGAUUUUGGUGUUAUAAUUCUUUAAAAAAUUACAUCUUUUCAACUAUGCCAUUGGUUUAUUUUUACAAAAAGUUUAAAUUUUCUUAUCAAAGUCCCUACACUAUUGGCCACUAUUAGCGGUGCUGACUCUAGCCUCUGGUAUGUACGGAAUAUUAAACAUUAAACAAGCUCAACGCUCGAAACAAUCGAUUAAUGUAUCGUGAUCGUGUGAAAUUCGGGAAAGAGAAUUACUUUUAUUUCAGAUUAUGAUCCGGUGAGUCACAAAAUCUGGCAAAUUCCGAAAUCCGGUAUAUUCCGGAAUCCGGAAUCCGGUUGUUCCGGAUACAUGUAAAUCCGGCGGAACCGGAUUUCACCGGAUAGUGCAAAAUCCGGCGGAACCGGAUUCCGGACCGGGGUCCGGCACACCCCUAAUUUUAAAUAAAGGUGUAGUGUUGGCCUUUGCUGACACUGAGAGAGAAAGAAAGGCCAGUGCUUUUCUACCUCUGUUUUGUGUUAUGAACAAAACAAGACACUCAACAAACCAAGACCAAGACUAAGGCACUCAAAAAACCAAGACACUCAACAAACCAAGUGAAUCAACAAACCAAGACACUCAACAAACCAAGACACUCAACAAACCAAGACACUCAACAAACCAAGACACUCAACAAACCAAGAAAUUCAACAAACCAAGACACUCAACAAACCAAGACACUCAACAAUCCAAGUCACUUAAAAAAUCAAGACAACAAACCAAGACACUCAACAAACCAAGACACUCAACAAACCAAGACACUCAACAAACCAAGACACUCAACAAUCCAAGACACCUAACAAUCCAAGACACUCAACAAUCCAGGACACCCAACAAACCAAGACACCCAACAAACCAAGACACCCAACAAACCAAGACACUCAACAAACCAAGACACUCAACAAACCAAGACACUCAACAAACCAAGACACUCAACAAUCCAAGACACUCAACAAUCCAAGACACUUAAAAAAUCAAGACACUCAACAAUCCAAGACACUCAACAAUCCAAGUCACUUAAAAAAUCAAAACACACAACAAACCAAGACACUCAACAAACCAAGACACUCAACAAUCCAAGACACCCAACAAUCCAAGACACUGAACAAUCCAAGACACCCAACAAACCAAGACACCCAACAAACCAAGACACUCAACAAACCAAGACACUCAACAAACCAAGACACUCAACAAUCCAAGACACUCAAAAAACCAAGACACUUAAAAAAUCAAGACACACAACAAACCAAGACACACAACAAACCAAGACAGCCAGUGACAGUAUAAUAAAUAAUAUGAACACUCUUAAUUUUAAAGUUAUUAAUUUGGAAUGAAAUUGUUAGAAUAAAGAUGCUUUUACUUUCAAAACAAAUGUACAAGUGAGAAGAUCAGCUGAGAACAUUGUCAUUAAACUAUUAAGAAAAAUAUUUUCUUUGUGUCUUAAGGUUUAGAAAAAUCUUAAUUUAACAUAUUGUAUUAAAUUAAUUAGACUUAGCUUUGAUAUGUAUGACUUGUCCAGCUAGUUUUUUUACAGUUUAUCUGACUUGUCCAACCAGUCCAGUCAGUCAUCACUGACUUGUCCAUCUAGUCUUCACAGCAACUAUCUGACUUGUCCAACCAUUCAUCCCUAACUAUCUGACUUGCCCAAGUUUUAACAAAUUAUAGUGAUAAACUGAUACAGGGACGACAUCUUGUGUUUACCAUGAUAUGGACCAAUUCAAUACAGAAUGUAUGUCAGUUAAUUAGUAUGUUCAUUAUCAGUACAUCAAUACAGAAAUACAUAGGCCUACACAUGAAUUUGGCUAUUCAGAAUACUUAAUGAUUGUUACGAAUCAAAUAAUCUGGUAUGGGUUUCUCUUUGUACUUAUUCAGUUUCUGGGACCUUCGAUAAUUUUUUAUCAAGCAGGAGAAUUUGGGGAAAAUGUGUUCUUUUUUGGUUUUGAUUUGUACUAAAUUUAAAUUUAAUACAAUUGUUACUCGCUUUUUUUUUUUUUUUUUUUUUUUUUUUUUUUUUUUUUUUUUUUUUUUUUUUUUUUUUUUUGUUUUUUUUUUUGUUUUAUUUUUUUUUUUUUUUUUUUUUUUUUUUUUUUUUUUUUUUUUUUUUUUUUUUUUUUUUUUUUUUUUUUUUUUUUUUUUUUUUUUUUUUUUUUUUUUUUUUGUUGUUGUUGUAAUUGUAGCUUUUCAUUGCUGUGCGUUUUCUUAGGACUUGAGAGGAACGUUAACUCACUGGUGUGUUUCAACAGUGAGUGAGUACUUUGCCAUGGUGUGCAAUACAAAGCAUUAAUGCAAGUGUUUCCCAUGAAUUCAGGGCAAUGUCCAAAGAUUUGAGUGACACUUUAAGGAGACCUUUGAAGCAUUCUUUCUCCUCUCCAUUUGAAAUAAUACACUAGCAUAUUUGUAGCUAAGGUUUCCUCUGAUAGCUUACUGAAUGACCCCCUUCAUUUUUCACAAGUAACCGCAAAUUAUAUUACCCCGAAAAAGAGCCCAAGAUUUGCAAUAUUACAGGCUACAGUUAAAAUUCUUUUUAUAUCUUGUGUGCUCACUUUCACAGCUUUAGAGUUAUUGGAGGGGACGUUAUUAGUCACUACAGUCUAAAUAUUUAUAAGUAAAAUUUAAUUAUAAUUAGGGCUGGCUAAGGAAAUAGUUAAUCCUCUUAGCAAAGAUAAGUGGGUGAAGAAUGUUUAAGUUUCGUUGGGCGUGAAGCCAAUUUUUACACUUCUUAUUCUCCUAUAAUUUAAACUUAGUAACUGAGAAUGGAUUAGCCUCGACCUAAGUAAAAGCUAAGACAUCGCAAGUCUGUCCCUGGAUAUGUCACACUAGUCUGUCCCUGGAUCUGUCACAUAGGAUGGGAUGUGUCCCUCCAAGUAAAAACUUGUCAUGUAGACCAGUGGUUCUAAAACUUGUAUUAAAUGACUGACAGAAAUUUAUUUACAUUUUUGUUUUUUUUAUAAGCCCAAUUUAUUGAUUAUUGCGAAUUUUCAAUAAUCACCUUUUUCUUGACUAUGCUUGUAGGAGAGGUACUGAUGGAGACAUCAACAAAACAUCCAGUAUUGCUAGUAUAGAUAACUAAUGCAUUGGAAAUGGCAGUGUUUUAAGAUACCUGGAUGCAUACAAAUUUACUACAUUUAUUAUUCAGAUCUUGUAGCCAUUUGGGCAUGUUACCUUUGGCCCGAGGCCAUGGUGAAGAAUUAGCACACUCUGCGCAGUUGUUCUUUCUAUAUUAGUUGUUGUUGUUGUCUGGUAUUUUUUGGUAGGUGGCUAAGGCGUAAGUCCUAAAGUCUUGUCAUACUUGAUAAUAAUAUUUCAAACAAAGUAGUAUGAAUAAUAAUUAUACUUCUGGUAAAUCAACAGGUUUAUGUUUAUGUAUUCAUAUUUUAGGUGGAUGAAAGUGUACUCAUUGACAGUAUCAAUAAAGCCAUCCAAAAUAUAAAUACGUUGAUGGAAAUAAAAACGUUAUUGUGAUGAAAUGAAGUGAUCAAAAACUGAUCUUCAUUAUGAUUAUUGAUCUGUGAUUCUGAGAUUUGUUGAUUCUGAUACUGUUAAGACCCUGCAAGAAAUAUAUUUGCUUUCUGCACCCUUCUUCAAGAUAGGAAGAUGUAUUUGUAGGUUGAAAGUACUCUUGACAGAUAACACCUUGGUAGAGAUUACCAUAGACACUUAAUUCAUUCUGUGUAAAUACCUUCAUUUUUAAAAUAUCUAGAGCCAUUCGUGUGGAUCUUUUUUUUUAUAACAUAAUUAACCUUUUCUUUUAAAAAAAAAUAAUAUUAAAGGUCCAUCUUUUAAAAACCAGCUAAAAAAACAAUAAGAAAUGACCACAAAAAAUGUGUGUAACUUUCCCUAAGCAUUGUAAUGCUUGUCUGUAUGUAGGUCAACAGCUAAUCAUGGCCUUGUCAUUAUUUCCAUAUCUCAAUUUAGCUUUUUCUUGACUGGGUUUGGUUGGGUCUUGUACAGGUCUGUGUUGAGUUCUUAGACUUGGUAGUACUUGUUAAGAUUGGGAUAAUCAUUGCCACAUUUCAGUUUGAAUUUUUGGUUUAAUUUCAACCUGUUUGCUAUCAUAAAUGUAUUUUGGGUCUUUCAUCAGAAAGUUUUUAAAAUUCAUAAAUAUUAUUUUCUAAUAUCCAUCCAAAUUAGCAUGAUAGGAGUCAUAUAAGAUAUGAUCAUGUAUAUUUUUUGAUACAUGAUACGUCAUAUUUCGCACAUAUAAAGCCAUAUAAUGUUUUGUUAAAUAAAAGCUAUUUAAAACAUUUUUUUGUUUGGAACUGUGUACAGCCAUAGAAACACAACACUUUCUUUUCUCAUAGUUUAAUAUCCCCUUGACCUUUAGCAUCUUUUUGAUACCACUUUGGGAUGUCUUGUUUCCCCGAGUGGUGUCCCGUCUGAUAAAAGAUACGAAUCAAUUUAUGUUUGGAUCAGCCUUAAAUGAGAUCUGCAUGCUAUUAUUUUUUUAAUGGACGAGGUACAGUGUUAACAUUAUUUGUUAUUAACUAAUAGGCUUAUGGCUUUUCAUUUUUGAAUAUUUUAAAUUGUCCAAGAUAGGAUAAAAUACUGAAUUUGACAUCAUAUCUGAUAGUAGAGAGAGAUACUGCAAGAAAUCUGGAAUAUUUUAAACUUUAAAUGUCAGCUAAAGUUCUGUAUAUUGAUUUUAUUCAAUAUUGCUACCAUUUUUGUGAAAGUACUUGACACUUCUUUGUGUUUUGAUACAUUUUCUUACCUAGGACACCUUAAUCAAAUAUUUACCUUAAAUAUUCACUGAGAAUCCCUUCCCAAAUGUAUUUGUACUGUCUGUUGCUUAAUACAAUAUUUCUGAAUCAAUUCAAUUUUGAAAUAAUACGCAAGGAUUCCCUUGAAAUUAAAAAAAGGCAUUUUAAUUUUUCGCCAGAAAUGGUAAUGUUAUGGAAGUAGUAAAUGGUGAAUGUUGCUUCAUUUAAGUGUUGUUAAGAUUUUUGUAUCAUGUUAUGGAAGUUACUGCAAUUUUUUGGAAAUGCUAAUUUCUCUUUUAAUUUGGUUCUUUAAACACACAUGGCUGGUAGAGUGGUCUAAACGAUAUGGUUGGCUGUUGGUUCCAUUUAUUUUAUUUUUUCGUUAAGGCUGACAUCCUUUUUAAUGGGGAAUAGCUGCUAAAAAGCUUCUUCGGUAGAUAAACAUGAUGAUAUUAUAACUUUGCUGAAGAAGGCUUAAGCAGAAACAUUGUCUAUUUUGGUGCGUCUUCAAUAAAGCUUUAUCAUACUUGUUUACAUUCAUAGUUAUCUCCUUUUAAUCUUUAUCACAAUCCGACCCUAUUCUAAUUUAAAAACAAAUCUAACAGGGUUCCAUUUGGACAUGAACAUUUCUUGUGAGUUUCAAUAUGUUUCUCACCUACAUUGGCCUUACUGGAUAAUCUAAGCAGGAUCUGGCAGCUGGAAAAAAAAAGUGUUUUGCUUUUAAACCAGUAAACAGUGUUGCUGUUCUUUCUUGUGAACAAAACCAUUCAUUGUUGAUUUUGGAAAAAUGGAGGAACCAAAAACUAAUCCUGAAAAAGAUGUUGGAAUACUUGGAGGACUGUUUCAAACAGUUGUCAAUGACUUAAGGGUAACUAUUUUUAAAUUGUGUAAGCCUUAUAUAGAGAGAUUUCAUUUAGUGCAAGGUAAAAAUCCAUGCAUUAUUUGAAUAUGGAGGUUUGCUUAAAAAUGCAUGCUCUUUUGGAUAGUUUAUUUGAAAUAUAUUUAAGUAACUCUGUUAUCGCUAAACAAAGAAAGGGAAUAUUACUGAAUAAAUUUAUUUUCUCAUGAAAAAUUAUCUAAUUUAAUUGGGGGAAAAGCUGCAUUUGUCAAUUUAAUUUACUUGCUGCAAAAUAUUAUUAGUGUUUGACUGCGCAAUGAAUAAAAUUAUUUGGUGACCUUUUCAGUACACAUGAUUAGCUCAUGAAGAUCAUUCCUUCCUGUUGGGUCUUUGUAAUAGUAUACCGGAAGUAAUAAAACUUUAACCAAUUAAGAAUGGUCCGUUACUGUUAGUGUAAAUGGAGAGGUGUCUUGUAAUUACUGUAGGCAACCACUAAUGCCUGCUGUUCUAGGUUUUUGAUAAUAUCAAAUAAGUGCUAGCUUCCACUUCCACCAUUUCAACCAAAUUAGGCCAUGCUAUAUACUAAGUACCAAGUUUGUUGCUGAAAGGAUAUUUUAAUUAGAAUCAAACACUUUUUCAACAACCCUUCUUGCAAGCACACAAAAAAUGUGAUAAUAAAAAUUAUUGUACUGAAUAAUUUAAAAUUUUACAUUUAACAUACACUACUUGAUAAAUAAUUUAUUUUGGAUUUAAAAAGUUUUUUUUUUUAGGUUCAAAAGAUAAUUCAAGAUUUCUAUUUAUUAUAGGCUAAUAUUAUAAAAUACUUCAUCAUGGUUUUUCUUAUUUAAAUGUGGCCAUGAAAAAGGAGUUUAGCUGCUAUGCAGUAAUGUUGGGCAUGUAUUAAAUGAAUUUUAAAAAAAAAUGUUUAAGUGUCACACACUUGUGCUACAUGAUUAUUAUAGGCCUCUAAGUUGUAAUAGUAAUAUGAAGUGUUUGUACUUAGAAGCUGUUAGGUAAAAAGAAAUUUAAGUUUCCUUCUCCACAAUUUAAGUUGUGAUAAUUUCAAGACUGCAAUAUUUCAUACAUGAUACUGCAUACAAAACGUAAUGUUUACCAACUCCCCAACUUUUUUUUUUUGUUUUCAAACUUGAAAAUUUAUAAAAUAAUUCAUUCGGAUUGCGCUUUUUUUUAUAGACAUUUUUAAACAGGUGUUCUAAUCUCACAAAUAUUUUAAUGAUCUUAAUAUAUUUGUAUCCCAUGUAAUAGAAUUAAAUUUAAUUCUUAAUAAGCUAAUAAUUAAAUUAAUACAGAAUGCCCAGUGUCAUAACUUUUUGUUCUUGUUCAAAUAUUUGGAGGAAAGAAAACAUAAUAAUCAUUUUGUCUCUCUAGGGUAGCUCUCCAGUAUGGGAAGAUUUUACUUACAAGUCUAUGAAACUUCACUCUUCACUUAAGUGAGUUUUGAUAAGUUAAGAAAUUAUUAAAAGAUAAAGGCUGUACACUGGUUAUUACAGAUGUAUUACAAAAAGGAAUAAAGCUCAGGGUAAAAAUUUGAAAACUAAGAUGGAAAUAUGAAAGUGUACACCUCAUCUAAGGUGAUGAAACUGCUCUACGCAGAAACAGGCAAUAUCUUUUUUUGUAAUUAAAUGGUGUUGUGUACAUUUAUGGUGCUAACAUGGAAAAAUACAUUUUUAUGACUGAAAUCUUACCUUAAUUUUUGAAAUAAGAUAUUUUUGCUUUCCACCAAUUAUUUUACUUUUUUAAUGCUCGAAAUAACAAAAAUAACUGCAUUAUAAUAUAUAAUUAUAUUAUAGGACAACUGUGGUUACUAUUGGUGCCUUUCUUGAAGCGUUUCAGAAAGUAGCAGAUAUGGCUACAAACUCUAAAGGUCAGUAAAAUAGUUAGUCUAAAAGUAUUUUGCCUAAAUAAAAAUAGCUUGUCAGUAUUGUCGUGAUACUGCUAGUUAAAUAAGAGAAUAUGAAAGUAAAUGUUUUUACUAUACUUAAAAUAUACCUAAUUGUCAUGCGCUUUUUUUAAUAAUGGUUUUAUUUUUUAAUUAUUUAUUUUUGUCAUGGUAUUUAAUUAUAUUUCCUGGCAAACUGGAAGCUUGUAAUAAUUCCAUUAUCUGUCUGCUGUAGACAUGGAUGCAUGCAUGAGUUAGGUUAAGCUACUUGAACUACUCUCAUAUAUAGACAGUCUGUAUCCAUGUUAAUGACAAUCGGAACUUGAGCAUUGAAGUGCUAGCUCCUCCCAGGGUUAAUUUCGAAACAUGUGCAUCAUUUUUUCAAUACUUGAAGGCACUUUUAAAAAAAAAAAAUUAUAAGAUGACCAAAACAUUUUUCAUAUAAACAUUGAAGUUUCUGUUGGCUAUGUUUUUGUAUGGGGUUUGAGCUCAACUUAAAUCUUUCAGUUAAGUUUCUUCUAGGCUUUGAGAAUAAGCGGUGUAUAUUGUUGAGUCAAGCACUUGCCAUCUCGCUAAUUAAAUGGCCUCAUGUGCAUUUUAUGGUCACGUUUAACAAAUAAAAAGUGACCGCUGGAAGUAUUUCCAUCCAAUUUAUACAUCACAACACUUAAGUGUGUGAAGUGGUGACAAACUGAAGUUAUACAAAUGUUUUAUUGGCUGUGUUCCAGUGGUUAAGAUAUCAUUGGAAAUGAUUGAGUUUGAAACACUCAAGGUUAAUAUACACACAAAACAUUGGGAUGAUCCACUUAAUCUUAUUAAUGGUAAAUGACAAAAUAAGGUCAUACUAAUUAGAGGUACCUUUGUGGCAGUCUUGCAUUGAUUAGCCAUUAGGAAUUUUAGUUUGUUCUGUCAUCUAUUUCUCUUUUUAAAGACCAAACCCUUAUUCCUUGAGUUUCCACUUCUUAGAAUAAAAUAAUCAAUAUAAUGAAUAACAAGGUGUGAAAGAAAGUUCAAUUUUGUGCGUGUCCGGUUUUAUAUUAUUAUUUUGAUCUGAGGGGCAAAAGGGUUAUUUAUAAGUGGUAAUAAUCAAUGAGCUUGUUACACAUUAGAUGUUUGCUAAUUAGAGAUGCAUUGAUCCAGAUGUUCAUGCUCCACUAAGAGUAUUUUUCUGAUGAGUCUUUAAUGAUUAUUGUGGUAGCACUGCAAAGUACUGUCUGAGCUUGUACAUUUUGAAUUAAAUGUCCUUUCAUCAGGGUGAUUAAAUUUCAAAAUGUUCAGUAAUUUUGAUAUAAGCUCAUCAAGGUUAACAUUAGAUUGUUUAUUUGUGUUUUUGUUAAUAUGUUUCUGUUUGAAAAUGUAUCUUUUUAUAGGUAUAAGCAGGGAUGGGUAUAAAGGAAUAAUCAAUAGAAGCAAGAUUUCUCACAAUAGUCUUUUAGAUUUGUUUUAGACAUUAACAUUUCAAUGUUUAGCACAGCAAAAUUCAACACACACAAAAUUACAUAUUUUCUGUCAUGUUGUGAGUCACAGCGCAACCUUGGUUAAAAAAGUAGUGGGAAGAUGCCCAGUUUCAAAAACAUCGCUGAGAAUAUGACACGUACAUAAAAGUAUAAUGUUAGCGCAUAAAAAAAAAAAUUAUUCAACUUAACAGAUUUCAAAGUUAUUGUAGUUUGCUGCUUGGUAACCUUUGCAAGUGAAUUGACCAUUGUGAUUUACUAGGCACUUAAACUUAACAAUAUUAAAAGUUCUUAAUUGUUCCAUUUUAUGAUGGGUAAAAACAAUUUUUUUGUAAAAUUUACAGGUGCUACAAGAGAAAUAGGUUCGGCUUUGACACGGUUAUGUAUGCGACACAGAAGUAUAGAAUCACAUUUAAAAGUUCUAACUAGGUAAAAUCGUACAGCUAACAAAUAUACGCAAUUUAAUUAGUGUGCCUGUACUAACAUACAUAAAUAUAAUAUGUACGUUUGAAAAAAUUAUUUACCUGUAUUAUAUUCUAUAUUUAUAUUGAAAGUAGUAGACUAUACUUUUAAAAUAAUAUUAAAAUCAUAGGACCUAAAUCAACAGAAUGUUUUCAAUUCUUAUAGUAAUUUUAAAAAAUAAUCUUAAUUGUUGUUUAUCAUCAUCAGCUCUAUACUUGACAAUCUAGUAGCCCCCUUACAAGAAAAAUUGGAAGAUUGGAAAAAAGUUGUGGCCCAACUAGACAAGGACCAUUCUAAAGGUUUGAUCCAUUGAAAUUCUAAUCAUGUCUUUUUACAGUCUUCAUUUUUAUAUGUGCUAGAAAUUAUUCUUUUUCCUUGUAAACAGAAACCUUUUUUUUUUAAAUAUUUUUUUUUAGUAAUUUAAAUGGUACCCAUUUUUGUGAUAUUUUGUGAGUGUGUUUAGUUGUUUUCUCAGGGUUGCUAAUAACGUUUACUAGAAUUUAAAAGGCAAAAAACUCACAUUAUUCACUUAGUAAAAAUAUUCUCUUCCUAACCUUCAGAAUACAAGAAAGCUAAACAGGAUAUCAAAAAGGCUGCAUCAGAUACCAUGAGGUUACAAAAGAAGGUCAGGAAAGGAACUAGUCAUGGUGAGGCCUUUCAUUUUGUUAUAGCAUGACACUCUAUAGUGUGAAAUGGUGAGGCCUUUCAUUUCGUUAUAGCAUGACACUCUAUAGCAACGGAUCUCAACCUGUGGGUUGCAUGACCCUUUCCCAGGGGUCACUUAAGACCAUCUGAGAACACAUAUACUUCCUGCUAUAAAGCACCAACGAAAAUAACUGUGUGGCUAGGGGUCGCCACGACAAUCACGACACGUCCAACUGUAUUAAAGGGUUGAGACGUUAGGAAGGUUGACAACCACUGCUCUAUAGUGUAAAAUGGCGAGGCCUUUCAUUUUGUUAUAGCAUGACACUCUAUAGUGUUUGUUUCAACAUAGUAAUAAGAUGUACCUGUAGACAAAAAAAACUCUAUGCAAUCUGUUGUAUAUAUAUCCUAGUACAGCGUAGGGCUUGAUUGAUUUUUAACUUCAACAUAGAACUAUUUUAAGCCACCAAAACUUGUCUGCUAGGAAGACCUUGAUAUUGACAUCACUUUGUAACUGUGUUGUGUCACUUCUUCCCUGCCCACCCCUUUCUCGGCUGGGGAAAAGGUUGUUUACAUUCCAAAUCAUUCCAUUUCUUCUCAAGAAUAACAUUAGGUGAUGCAAUUUUUAGAUUUUCUUUACUGGAAUGUUCGAAUUUAAUUCCUACAUAAAGCCUGUCAGGUUUCUUAGCAAAUAGAUGUAAAAGACAUUAUAUUAUUGAUAUUAUAUUAAUAAAAAAUGUGUAUUUUGUUGAUUGUACCUUUUUCACUUGCUGUAAGUCGAUACAGGUUUUUGCUUCUGUACUCAACUUUGUAUUUAUAUAAAAAUGUAUUUAUUUAAUUUAAUUAAAUUUAGUAUCACUAGCUUUGGUAUUGUUUUCAUUGCAUACUCUUUGAUCGGUCAUUUGUUACGCAUUGUUUCUUCUACGAGCAAACUAUAACAAAGAUAAAAUCUUUAAAACCAUAAUGGUACAAGUGUAACUGAUGAUGCACUGAUAAAAAAAAAAAGCCUCUUGCAGUUUUUUUUAUGUCCUUCAUGGGUAGAAGGGUUAGCUGUAAUAUAUCAUCUAUUAAUUCAUUUUCUGUCAGUGAGCCAUCUUAUCACAACAUUGCUCCACAUUGUCAAUCAAUAAUUAGGAACAAUCAAUCUUAAAAUACCAAGGCAUCUAAUACAUCUAGGUAGGAUAUUUGGUUUUAGAAAGGGGGGGGGGGGUUGUGGGGAGGUUUAGCUACCCGGUUGCUGGUUUUAGAAACCUGAUUUUAAAAUGGUUAUUGUUUUUUACUUUAAAAUGCAUCCUCAAUCAGUCUGCACAGCAAGGUCAGACAUAUUAUAAAUAUUAUAUUUUAUAAGAUUGUAAGCAGAAGAUGAUGUGCUCGAAAACCUAUAGUUUUUACCAGUGACCUGACUGCUGUAGUGCAAUCAGCAAACUUAUUAUUUAAAUUCUACAGCAGAACACACAACUGCAAAGAAAAAAAAUCAUGAUGGAUUUUAUACUGAGCGCUCAUCAAAGCAUUUGCUUUUCUUUCUUUUUAUGAGAUCUCCUUUCUUCUCCUCCAUUCUCCCUCCAUCCCUUUUUUUCUUUCCCAAAUUAUAUAUAUUUUUAUGAAAUAGUGUUAAACAAGAUGUUGAAGCUUUUUAAAAGUCUUUUACUUAUUUAAUAAUGAUAAAAAGUUCUGGAUUCUCUUAAAAAGGGAUACCAAUAAUUGAGUUAUUAUAAUUUGUGAAACCAAACCAAAUCAGGAUAUCUGAUCAUUGUUUAAUCCUUAGUUUUUAGCAAACAAAUAUUUCAAGAUAUAAAUAGGUCAUGGUUUCUGUGACAUAGUUAUUUUUUGCUGUUUUUUCUGUAUUGUUAUACUUGUCCCAGCUUGUCAGUGUCAAAGAGAAGACAAAGUCCCAUUUUCUUUCCAGUCCCUUCUUUGUAUUUGUUUUCUUUUCCUCAACACCUCCAGGAAUGUUGAUCUUGUAUUCAAUUCAUUAUUUAGGUUUGGGCUGAUGGCAUGGAAUAGACUUCAAAGUAACUCUGUUCUGACAAAUUCGUACUCUAGAAAUUUCAAUUAGUGAUUUGUUUACAUUAUGAUCCAUCAUUUUCACUGUUGAUUACUUAUAAAGAAUCAUUAACAGCAGUUUCUACAAAGGAGCGUAUUCAGAUAUUGUUUUCUCUCUCUCUCUCUCUCUCUCUCUCUCUCUCUCUCUCUCUCUCUCUCUCUCUCUCUCUCUCUCUCUCUCUCUCUCUCUCUCUCCCUCUCUCCCCCCCCCCAUCUUAUCCUAAAUCCCAAAGUAUUUUUUUUUCCCUCUAAUUGAAUAAGACCCUUGCUUUUUGCACAACUAAAAAUGUAUUCUGUGGCACUACAGCCUAUGUUGGGCUGUGGCCUGACUCACUCAUGUGUUUAAAAGAUAAUGAUUGAUGGACUGCAUUCAAGUUGUGUAUGAAAUAUAAGAGCAAGGUAUGCUAAACUUGAAUUCAUAAACAGGACAAAAGAUUUUGACGGUUUGGCUUAGAGCCUUCAUCAGAAAACAAAGAUAAAAACAAGUAUAACAAGUAUCAGAAAUUCUCUUUGCUUCCUUCCUAUAUGCUUCAUUCAUGGCAGUCUUCUGUUUUUCUUGGUUGUGACCUUGAUGCUUAGCCAAAACAGAAAGUUCCCUAUGUUGCCUCUGUUUAGUUGGAUGUGAACUAUUGAAGAAGUGAAAAGAAAAAAAAUUCUUUUGAUGCUUGUUAUGAAGGAGCUAUGUCAAAAUCUAGAUAUUCUUUUUUAAGUAGAUACCUGCAUUUCCAUGUUUGCUUUAUUUUUAUGCUUUUCUUUACGCUUCCUUAAGAUGAGCAUUUAAAGAAUAAAUAUGCCUCUAUUUACCAGUUGGCCCUCAUGAAGAAAGGACAAUUUCUUAUAUACAGGAUUUUUAACAUUAAAACAGGACUCUCGGUACAUUUGUAAAUUUCUACAGCAUUGUUUUCUUUAAUAUAAUACAAACAGUUGGUGUACGGCUCAUUUUUGCUCCUGUUUUUUUUGUUUGGAUAGUAUGAAUAUUUGAUUCAGCACUGGACUCAGCACAGAGCCAUGAACUAUCCUUGCACACUAACACACAGUCCGCUCUGUCUGUGGAUUUAGUUACAUUUCCCAACUGGGUAUUGGCUUUGGCAUGGAAUUUGUUUGCUCAACUUGUUCUCAGCCUGCAAAGCCCUGUCAAGAAUGCUCAUGUGCUGACAAACAAAUACACGAGGUCAUUUAAAUACAAUUAAACAAUAUUUAUCUUUGUGUGAUACUUCUCACAUUUUCAUCCUUAUGAAUUGGUAAUUAAUUCCUUCUGUUUUUUAUUUUUUUUUAAGAUGGUUUUGAUCAGAAGUUGUCAAUGAGCUAAUCCUUUUACCUGAUUUGAUAUAACUGAUAGAAGUUAAUGUGUAAAAGGGGUGCAGAGGGCGACUGAAGGAUUAUUUAAUUUAUUCAAACUGAAUCCUAAGGGAUAGAUUUUAGGGAAAUGGUAUUUUUGUAACACAUUCUUUUUUAAAGUUUGUUUUUUAAAUAUGAAUGCGUGUAACAUUUAAUUUAAAAAAAAUUUUAUACAUCAUUGUAAUCGUUAAAAAAUAACUAAAUCUCUGUCUAAUUUAUUUAAUUUACAUGAGUUUCACUACUCUCAUAUCUUACUUCACUUAAAACAAGUGUUGGUGGUGUUCAGUGGGUUUGACGGGUGGUGUGUGAAUGGCACAGAAACUUGUAAUUUUUCCUUAUCUUAAAAAUAAAUGUCAAAUAAAUGGUGUUUAUCACAUUAAAACCCAGACUUACCCCAUCCCACAGAAUGCAUUAACUGAAAUUACAUUAUUGGUGGCUUGUUUGUAUUGCUUUGUAUUUUUCAUUGUUUAAAAAUUAAGAAGCUACUGCAUAUUCGUUAUUUUCAGGCAAGUCAGACAUGCAUCACAAGCUUGAGAGUGCCAUGUUGGAGGUCAACUCUAAAUACCACCAGUUAGAGGAAACAGAGAAAAACUCUGUCAGGGCUGCGCUUAUUGAGGAGAGGUCGAGGUUUUGUCUUUUUAUCACCUGCCUUAAACCAUUUGUUGUAAGUCUGUCUUUCAUCUUUUAAAAAUUUUUUCUCUUAAAAUGAAUAAUAAAAAUAACAUAAAUUUAAAUUUAAUUUCUCUUUGUGCAUACACAAACAUUAACUGAUGACAUUUUUUGUCUUCAUUUACAUUCGAAAUAACAGUUUUGCAGUUUUUUAAAAAAUUAAAAAAUUGACAGAUGGACAUUGGUACAACAUUAUUUAAUAGCUUUGUUUAUCACUUAUAGUUUGUAAUUAUAUUUUGUUAUCACAGGCAUUUUGCCUUUGUUGACAUAAAUCAUACAUACUCGGCAAUCUUAACCAUGUUGUAUUUUUCUUCUCCAGGAUAAUGAGCUGAAACUUCUGACAGAGAUUUCUCACAUAGGUGAAAUUAUGGAGAGCUUGUGUCUACAAGCCAGUGAUCCUUCAGUCCUACCACCCUCUAGUGAGCAGGUCAUCCUGGAUCUGAAAGGUGUUGAUGGUGCAACUUGGAGCUUAAAUCAGGUUGGUGCUCAUGGCUUAUCCUUGGAGAUGUACACAACUGAUGACAGUAGGUUUACAUCAUCCUCUUACUAACACAGCUGAUGAGAAUUUAAACAAAAAGUUUUACUUUCAGCCUGCAUGAAGUCAGUUUUGCUCAGCCAGCUUUCUUUUAGGAAAUUCAAGCUGUUUAUCAUUUAUAAUGCCAGUGAAGAAAAUUUUUAGCAUGAACUUGGAUAGCAUUAUUGUUUUUCAUAGUUACAAAUUUGGUAGAUCAAAAAGCUUAUGUUUUUAACGUAAUACAAUAUAUUUAAGAUAUGGUACAUACAGUUUAAUAUAAAUCAUUAAUGCAAAUAAAACCAAAUUUGAUUUGAACUAAAAAAAAUUGAUUUAUUGUAGGAAUUUUUUUUUUUUUUUUUUUUUUUAAAAAUUUUUUUUAUUUUAUUUAAAAAUAAAAAAAAAAAAAAAAAAAAUUUUUUUUAGGAAUUUUUUUUUUUUUUUUUUUUUUUUGUUGAUGUUAAAGUAUAAUAAAAGAAAUCACUAAAAAAAAAUUUAAUUAUCUCCAAUAUUGGAUAAGAUAUAAUAGUUAUUUUAUCUUAGAUCCAAAAUUGUUUUAAAAUUUCUAUAUCUCCCAAUAACAUUAGGCACAACACAUGAAACUAACCACUGCACAAAUAAAAAACAAAAUUUACUUAUUUAAAUUAAUUUAUUAAUGAAUAAUAUUUUAUAUUAGGUUAAAAAUGCUAAGUUAUAUUAAAAUGAAAUUUAUUUUAUGAAUCUAUUAUUCAUAUUUACUUCAGAAAUAAGUCAAAUGUUUCAUAAUUACAGAUAACAGAGAAAUGAUGUUAUAAUAAUUAUUUAAUUAAUGUAAUAUUAAGCUAAAGAUAUUUUCAAAGGUCUUUUAUUGCUAUCUAACUAAAUUUUCUUUCUUUUAUGCUUAUCUUUAAAUUUUAAUGGAUAAGGCCUGUUUUACACUUGAGAAGUUUGAAUUGAUGAAUGUUGAAAUUUGUGCAAUCUCGAGCCCUGUAAAAAUGAUCAUGGCUCCAAUCUGCUUGAGAUGCACUGUUGAAUUUGUGCUUAUACAACUGACUCCUUUUCACUGGACUACCCAGCAGCCAUCCCCUCCCAGCUCCCCCUCAUCCCUGGGCUCCCGUAAGUCAAGUAUGUGCAGCAUCAACAGUAUUAACAGCAGCUCCAGCGGCUCCUCUCACUCUCCAAGCCACACCAUGCACAAGCGCACUGCUUCACAGGUACAGGGUUUCAUUCGUUUCAGCAAUUAAAUCUUCACCCCCUACUUUGGCUAUUCCGUCCUUUUCUAAUUUUUUCUUUGUUUUAAAUCUCAGAGCUUUUUUUUCCAACUAGUCUUUAAAAUAGUUAAUCAGUUUUUUUAAAUUUUUAUUUGCAGCAUUUGUUAAAUGUAUUGUGGGAUGUGUCUAUAGAUUUUUUCAAAAAAAUCAUAAAUAUGGGAAGUUGUAUUCUCAGAUGCUAUGAAAGACAAUCGAUGUCUGUGGAAAUUGUAUUACUUUGGUUUUAAAAAAAGUCGGCCUUAGCCUCCAUUUUCCCAGUAUUACUUUCACUAAAAGUUAUUCAAAAUUACGGAUUGGAAAAGUUAUUCUAAAUUAAAAAAUUAUCAGGUUUUAAAAAAAAAUUGUUUAUCGGUAUCUGAAUAUUUUUUACAAUGCAUACCCAAUUAUUCUGUACAUCAAGGUCAUCUUGACAUUUUAUUUUAUAAGAUCGAAAGUGGGAGCUAUAUGUAUCUUUUAAACCAUCAAAGCAACCAUCAUUUUGAUACCAUAUAUUACUAGUAAUUAGCAACUAGGUUUAUUUUAUUAUUCCAUAUGUUUAUUUAUUUUUAUUCGUUUACUCUUUAUUUAUUAAAUAGUAAAUUAAAAAAAUAAAAUUUAAAAAAAUAGUUAGGUUUUUUAAAACUAAAUAAAAAUGAUUUUUUUAAUAAUUUCUGAUUAUUAAUGAAAGUCCUUAUUCAAAACUAUUAUUGGAAACGUAUUUGAAUAAUGCAUAUUCCCCGAAAUAUAUUUUUAUUCCCAAAGCUUAUAUUUUAUCCACAAACUAUUACAUUAUUCGCAUGAUUUCUUUGACCCGUGGGUUGUUUAUUCAAACCUUUAAUGAUACCGAGAUUCAUAGAUUAGAUGCUAUAUACUAUUUUAACUUUCUGCUUUAGAAUGAUUCUAUAUUUUGUUCAGUCCGAAUGUUGUUUAUGCUACCUUGCUUUGCAUGAUUGGCCUUCACAAGCUGACCAGUAUUCUGCUUGCAUUGUUACUGUAACUGCCUCAAAAUGUAUAUUUUUAGCAGUCGAGAGCCAUCAAGGCUAUAUUAUAAACUCUAGUUAAAUUUCCCCUUUUGUCGAAAAAGUCAGUUUAAAGGUAGUUAAAUAUUGAUAUUUCUAGCAAACACAUAAUGAAAGAGCUAAACAACUAUUUUAAGUAGUGGGAGGAUUGAUAGUGCAACUAGAACUUGUGAAUAAGAUUAUGUAAUGACCUAUUUUAUUUUAUAUGAAAUAAUUGUCAAGAUAUUUUUUAAAAAGGACCAAGAAAUAUAUUGAAAAGAUAAUACUAACAAAAUUUAUAUGUAAAAGGAAAAAAAGAUGCAAGAUUAUAAUUUACUGAAUCUAUAUAAUUCAUUUUUGAGCUGAGGGAACAUCUAUAUUAUAUUAAUGCUGGAUACUUUAAGUAGGUUUUUUUGUUGUUGUUGAUUAUAUCUCAAAUAUGUACAGCCAAUAUUUUGUUCUCCUCACAAUAUAUCCAAGACACAGAUCUGUUAACCUUUAUGAAUCUCAUCUACAUAUUUAUUAAAGAUUUAGCAUGGAAAACUCAGUAUGAGAAUCGCUAGUUUUAGACAUUUUAUAAUUAAUUAAUUAAAACGUUGUUGAUCAUUGCACACCCCCUGUAUUUGUUAAAGUAGUUUCCUGUCAAGUAUAGCCCCUACUAUAUGCUUCCAUGAAAAGCUUACCUGCAUACAUAUAUAAUCUUCAUUUCAUAUUCAUCUAGUAAAUUUGGUUUCUUGCUGUUUUUCAUUCAUCUGACCGUAUCCUCACCACCCAUCAUCCCCCAUCACACAGCCCCCACCUGGAGCUAUCCGUUUGACCAGUGUCAGCUCACAGGACUCAGGCUUCACAUCCCAGGAUACUUUGUUCCUGUGUCCCAUGACACCACAGUCUCUCAAUCUUUAUCAGGUAGGAAGAGGUUUUAUUCCAAACUACUUCUGGGAAGUUAUCCUAGAGCUGAGACCAGGGAAGAUGGCUUUGACUAAGAAUGAAAAGGACAUUACUUGUAGUUCUCUCCAUAGCACAGUUCCUUUUUCCUUUAUUUUCAUUUUAAUGGCCUAAUUGUAUAAAAUUACAGUAAAUUACAUUUGUUGACAUCUGUAUACUUAGCUUUUUCUCAGUUGUUGUUUUUUUAAACUACAUCUUGACAAAGAUUUUUUUAAAAUAAAGCAUGACUAGAUGAGAAUGUUGUUAAUACAUUGAAGGUCAAAAUUUUAAUUUCAUAGUCAAAAUUAUCUGAAGAGCUCUAAGCUAUACUGUUAAAAACAGUAUGCAUGGGGUCUUUGUCUUCUUUAAAUUAAUUGUUUUGAGGUUAUCUUCUUUAAUUACUUCUUUAAAAAGACUCUGCUGCAGAAAAAGUUUUUUUUUUCUUUUUUCCAAAAUCUUUAAAAUUAUUUGGCUAAUCUAGAAACCUUAUUAAUGUAACUGAUUAUUAUAACUUACAAACAAAAUUAAUGUAAAUGCCAGCUAACAUAAUGUACUUUUAACGUCAUCAAUAGGACUGCUGCAAACACCAUAUCUAUCAUACAUUUUCAGCUUUAUCUUUCUCAUUACUUGCAUGUAAUCUCUUGGUUAAAAUGUGAUACAAGCUUGAUAGAUAGGGAUAUGAUCAGGUCAACAUCCAUUAUAAUUAAUGACAACCUGUCCACUUCUAAUAAACCAUAUAACCAUAUGGAGCUUUAUCCACAAUAACAUCAUCAAAACUGCAUCAUGCGCCCAAAUUAUGUUUGUUUUUUUUUGUUGUUGUCAAUUUGAAUAUUUCCCUUUUAUGUAUACUGUAUAAAUAUCAACAAAUUAUAAGAAGACAUUUUUCAUGGAACUCCACCCAGUUUCCUUAUUGUUAUGUGAGAGUAUAAUGUUGAGGCAAAGGUUGUAUAACAACUGCACUGUUGCAAUGGCUGCAAAUUUUUCUUUUUUUCACUAGAAUGUCAUGAUGAUGUGUUGCAUGUAUCAGUGAAUGUUUUAAUAACUAAAUUUUUCUACUCUCAUUUCAAGAAACAAAUAAUCAAAGUUUUAAUCUUCAACAAUUUUUGUUUGCCCCAAAGAAUAAUAUGUAAUUUUUUUAUUUUACAUUUUCCACUAAGUGGAAAUGCAGCCAUUAAAUGUAUUGUUACAGUAUUUUUUUUUUUUUUACGUAACUCAGAAGUCAAGCUGUUCUAUUUUUUUUUUUACCCUUUUUAUCCUCAAUGGCUGUCAGAAAAUUCUGAUUAAUUAUUAAUAAAUUUCUAUCUCCUGUGCCCUUUUAAUAACAAUAAAUUUCCGAGUCUGAAACUAAAAUAUUCUCUUUUAACUAAAUAUGUUUAAAUUUUUUUAAAUAAUAUGUAAUUUUUUUAUUUUACAUUUUCCACUAAGUGGAAAUGCAGCCAUUAAAUGUAUUGUUACAGUAUUUUUUUUUUUUUUACGUAACUCAGAAGUCAAGCUGUUCUAUUUUUUUUUUACCCUUUUUAUCCUCAAUGGCUGUCAGAAAAUUCUGAUUAAUUAGUAAUAAAUUUCUAUCUCCUGUGCCCUUUUAAUAACAAUAAAUUUCCGAGUCUGAAACUAAAAUAUUCUCUUGUAACUAAAUCUGUUUAAAUUUUUUUAACCCCAUUUAUGGAAAUGAUUAAUUCCUUCUGUAAUGCUUAAUGAAUUGUAUCUUAAAUCAUCUAUAGUAAGCAUUUUAGGAUUUACACAUGUUCCAAAUUUAAAUAAUAAUUGAUCUGUUUCAUACAGAACCUUUUCUACAUGGUUCCUCUGAUUUUAUUUUUGUCUUGUCAUAUUUGAUUAUGUAUAGACUUUUUCUCCUGAUCAUAAUCCAACUAUUGUAUAUCAAGCUUUCUUUCAUAGUUUAUACCCUGAUAAGUUCUAGGAGAUGUUAGACAUCUUACAAAGAUGUAUCUAUUGUCUAUCUGGCUUUCUUUCUUAGUUUAUACCCUGAUGAGAUAUGUUCUAGGAGAUGUUAGAUAUCUUACAAAGAUCUAUCUAUUGUGUAUCAGGCUUUCUUUCAUAGUUAAUUCUCUGAUAUGUUCUAGGAGAUUUUUAGACAUCUUACAAAGAUCUAUCUAUUGUGUAUCAGGUUUUCUUUCAUAGUUAAUUUUCUGAUAUGUUCUAGGAGAUUGUUGGACAUCUUACAAAGAUGUAUCUAACUAAAUCACAUCACUCACAAAACAAUCCAGAAUUUAUUGUUCAUACUGUCCAUAAGAAUUGUAAUUUGAAUACUGAAACUGUGUGAAUUUGACAAGACACUGAUCUUUAACUUGUAGGUAAUAUGGAAAUAAACUAGUCUUGGUCUUAUAUAUACAUAAGACAAAGACUAGUUUAUUUCCAUAUUCCAUAUAAAAUAAACUGUAGGUAAUGUAGGUACCUGUGAUCUGUUUCCUCAUCAAAUGUUUAAGCAUGUUUAAAUUUCCAUUUCAACAUUCAACUCGUAGGCAUCUGGUGGCCUGGACCCUGAGGGUGAUGGAGACUGUGACUCGACUCCUACUACGCCUUCAGACAACACACCUAGUGCCAGCUCUACCUGGAACAACUGGCCUAAUCUACCUGGAGCACCUAAAAUUGACCCCGCCCGUCCACAUACCAUCAGCUCCACAUAUGAGAAAGGACACAGUAGACCCCGUAAUAAUGGCUUUGAAAUCUCCAACAACACUUUAAAAAACCAAAUAAAUUAAAUUUAGCAAGAUAAUUGUUAGUUUUGACAAUGAAAAAUUAUUCUUAAUUAUGCAUACUUGCAAAAUUAAAAUAAUGUCAUAUUACUUUCAAUUGGAUACUGACACUAACAUUACGCAUUUAUUUAAUCAUAAAUUAAUAUCCCUUACCUUUCCCAGUUAGUCUAAUAGGAAAGUCUCAAAAUUUGAUGCUAUGCUAAUGACUAAAUGAGUGAGCCAUGACUUCACCAUGAGGUCAUAAAAUAUAUCCCUGUUGUAGCUUUACUAUUAAUUUAUAAAUAUCUCAAGUUCAAUGAAACAAAAUUAUUUUUUAAAAAUCUCUUUCAACACACAUUGACUGACUAUAUUACUGGUAAGCUUCGAAUUAAAAUAUCUCAAGGAAUGAAAUGCCCUACUUUGGUCACCAGCAAAAAAAGAAAUAAAGUUUGUCAUGGAAAAGUGUGAGUGCCCUGAAAUAACCUGACUCAUCGCAAUCAAGUUUUAUUUUAAAAUUUUGUUCUCUGUAUCUUUUAAAUCUUAUGAAGUUAUCGAUUGAAUGUAUUUCUCUUAAAUUUCAACUUCUCGUAGGCCACACAUGACUGAUUAUUAUUUUUAAACAUUAACUUACGCAUAUUUUUAAAAUACUUUUUCAAUAAUAUAUACUGAAUGUCAUGGAGGAAAUGUUAACCUGUUGUAUUUUUUUUUACCAGCCCUUAAGCUUGAUAUGUUUGAGCCACCGCAAGAAGACAUGGAAGUUUCUUCUAAACCCAGCAGAUCCACUAGUCAGAAAAUUGCUGGUCACAAACGGCCGUCGGCCACCAUCAGCAAACUACAGCCAGUGCUACCACCACACUGCCCUAAACCUAAGGGGGUUGCUGUUGCUCCCCCCAUGUUACCCCCAGGUAAAUGUUGUUGAGUGCUGUAUGGCAUAGAAUUAAGAUAAGAUUCUUUAUUGAUCCAAUAAAUGGAACUGGUUUUUUUUUAUUGCAUUGUACAUAUUUAUCUUCAGCACAUAAAUAGAUAUUUUAACCCAGAUAUUUAACAAUUGAAACACAAGACAUUUAAAGUACAGUGGUCCCUCGUUUAUCCCGGGGAUUAGGUUCCAGAAGCUCCUGUGAUAGGUGAAAAUCCUCUGAAGUAGUGACCUUAUAUUUAAUUUAUUAUUUAUAAAUACUUUAUAAACCCUCCCCACACUCUUAUAAACCUUUCACCACACUCUUUAUUAACCUUUCCCACACUCUUAUAAACACUUCCUAUGCUCUUAUACAUCUAAAACCUUACACCACACUUAUUAAACUUUCCCAUACUCUUUUAAACACUUCCUAUGGUCGUAAAAACUUUAUACACUCUUAAAGCUAUGAAAUUUUAACAACAUAAAAUUCUAUAUAAAUCUGUGAUAAAAAUUAGAUGUACCUUAUAUUCUAGUAAAAAAAAAAAAAUCGGUGAUUAUUGAAACACGAUAUGGCAAUGGACAACUGUAUUUGUUGAACCGAAACAAUCUCAGAUGUGAAGUGUUACCAAAAGCUUAUUCCUUUGUUAAUGUUAAAAAAAUUAAUCAAAUUGUAUUUUUUAUGUUGGGGGAAUACAGCUUGACAGCAGCAAAGAAUUUUGAAAACAAAUUUUCGUAUCUGUUUUGUAGUUGCACAACCAAUUUAUGCCAACAUGUCGGAGUUGGGGGAUGCCCAGUCUGAGUUGUCACCCGACGACGGGGAACCCACAACACCAACCACAUCACAGACGCAGGUAAGACUCAAGACUCAUUUAAGUUUAAUAUUUACAACCCUAACCGUAAUGUCACUUGAUUGAUGUUUAAUAUCUACUCUCACGGGGUUGUAAUGAUGUUACCCUAUGUUUCCCCUUACUGUUAACUAUUGAACAGGCAUCAUUGUUGUUUACAUAUUUAUUUCCAUCAGCAUUCUUUCCCUGUGACCUGCUGAUGAAUUUUAUUUUUAAUGGGAUAAUAUCAAGUAAUGGGUGCUCUUGUUCUAUUAUGAUUUAAAUCUAGUGUGUUUGCAGGAUUUCUGGAAUGAAUUAAUUGAGUUAGAAAUGGAUUGCUGCAUUUGACGUAUUCUUUGAGAGAUUACCACCCACAUUUUUAUGUACUAACUUAACCAAUUAUUUUGGUUAUUUUGGUUUUUAUGAAGAAAAAAAAGAAGGUUUCUUCAUCAACUAAUUCAAAAAAUGUUUAACAUCAUUUGUUGAAAUCAAUUGUGAGCAUUCACUGAACCUUUGAUGCCUAUUAGGAUGUUCUGGGCAUUACCCUACUUUGGAGCAUCUUGUACAAACAGCAUUUUCUAUUAUUAUUAUUAGUCAGGCAACAUACUAAUGUUAAGAUCUAAAUAAAUCAGUUGUCUAUUCAAUCUAGUGCCUCAUCUCAGUUUAAAGUCAUGUUUUGUCAACAUUACACCAACUUUGCCACACAUUAAAUGGUCUGCUACACUGCUAAACUGUUGUAUUAGUCUAUCAUUGCACAUGUACUAACUCAGUCAUGCCAGUUGGGGGGGGGGGGGGGUUAAAGAUAUUGCUCUGGGGAGAGAAAAAAAAAAGUGGCUAAUUGGGAUAUUUCCUUGCAAGUUUGAUAUUUUUUAUGUUUAUUUAUAGAUAGUUUUUAUGUUUAUUUAUAAAUACAACUUCUUGUUGUUAAAGCAAAUUGAUCACAAAGGCAGACCUGUUUACUUUUUAUGAUUGUAUGCUGAGACCCGAUUUUCAGAGACCCGGUAAAAAAAAUAUUCUGGUAAAAUUUCCUGUAAAAAUUUUUUUCAGUUAUUGACAUUUCUAAUAAAGAUCUAGCAGUGAAUGGACCAAGAAAAACUAUUGGUUGUAAUUUUUUUUAAAAGUUGGGACCCUCCUUCAUUUUAUUAUGCACGCACUGAGAGGGGAGGUGGGGGUUGUUGAUUAAGGCGAUUUGUGGCAUACGAGAUGCAUUGGUGGGGGCAUUGGUGGGAGUGUCAAAUGCUAUAAAAAUAUCACUGCAGCUUAUCAUAUUGAUGGUGGUGAUGAUUGUCAUAUUAUUGUGUUGUGUGUGACAGUGAACUAACUAGCUGCGUCACCAGUUAUAUUUUGACUAGUCGCCCUAGCGACAACUUCACUCACCGUCCCCUUUGACUGCUACCAAGCAUGUGACGUAUUUUUGUUAUAUAAUUAUUUAUUUCGUCUGAACCCUGGCGAUUGUGAAAACAGAGCAAACUAGAGAUGUUUUUUAAAAAAUAAGAUACGUUAUCCAACUUUUCUGCACUGGAAUGGUGAAUUUGGACAUAUUUUUUAUGAUCUAGGUAGCAGCUUUUUAAAAAUAUUUUUAGAACUCGCAAAGCAGCUCUAUCCUCUUACUGAUUUUAAUACAACAGUUUGGUAUCACUACUUCCCACCACACUUCUUUUUUACAGCUUGCGGUAUUUAUGUUAUAUGUUGGAAAAAAUAAUCAAGGGCCUAUUGAAUAGGCGACGGCACAAUUUUUUUUCCCCAUUAAUUAGGGUAGGGGAAGGUUGGUUCUUCUGAGCAAAAUAAUUAUGUCACCAGCACAGAAAGACGUAUUAGUGGACUACAGUGUGUUAUCAAUGUCAUAUAUAUAUAAGAAUCAGCUAUGCUGACAUAAUGCCAAAGAACCAAAAAGAUUUAAAUGCGUUCUGAUUAUUUUAAUUUACUGAAAUGGAAUAAAUUCAAAUGCGCAAAAAAUAACAUAAAUACGCUUUUCUUUUAGUAAAAGUUUAAGUAUUAUUAUUAUAAAUUACAAAUACAUUUAAAGUGACAAUUAAGGAACUAUUUUCAGCAUUUUAUCCGAAUUUAAAAUUAUGAAGAAAAAAAUUUUAUUAAAAAAUUAUAUCUAAGAAAUAAAUUGUAAUCACAUUUAUCGGGAAAACCCAAACAUCAGUUGUUUUUAGUGCGUAUUUUAGUGCGUUAUUAAUAUUAGAAAUAAAAUUAAAAUUAAUUUGUUCUAAACAAACAGCAAAUGAUGUCAUAGCAGGAAUCCCUAUGUUAGCUAAAACUCUUCAGUUUCUUUGAUUUAAUAACCGCGGGUUAGAAAACUGAUGAUGCAUUUCCCCCUUCUUUUAAGGAAAAUUAAUAAAUAUAACUGAUUGCUCUUUAAAUUGUUAAUAAAACACAAAGUUUUUAGCUUUGUAUUGUUAACAUUUAAUAAGUUUUCACUUUUUUUAUAUCCAAAAAUAUGCUUUUAUUAAAUUUAUAAUGUAAUGAAAACUUAAUCUUUAAAUAUACUUCUAAUAAGAAAAUUCCGUUUAAGUCAAUCAGUACAGCAAAACUCCAUUGCCAAAUUGCAUUCACUAAUCCACUUAUAACUCAUCCAAAUAAGAACAAAACAUAUGAAGUGAAAAAUAUGUUAGUUUAGGUAUGGAAGGGACUAGAAUCUGGUGGAAGAUUUUAUUAAUUUUAUUUAAAUCUGGGUAUUGGGGAGGGGGUUUGUCACCUUGCCCCAGGCAGCACAAGAUAUGUCUCAAAAUACAGGAAUGAAUUUGAUAAAUAAUUAACCUUCUUUGGUACAUACAUAUCGGAGAUAGGAAAUAGGAUGUGUACAUUUUUACGUGGAUGACAAUAUAUUUAAAUCCUAUGGUAUUACGUUUGUGAAAAAAGAGAUGUUACAUUCUCUUUUUACAAAUAGACAUGUUUACCAAUUAAGAAAAUCAAUGGUAUUAACAAAUCGUGAUUACAUUUAUAUAAGUAUACCCAUGAAUAUAAAAACCCAAUCAUUUUAAACACUUGAAAAAUUAAUUUUGAAAAAAAAAUUUAAAAAUUUUUUGUUUUUACUUUGCGAAAAGUUAAGUGACGAGAUUAACAAUUUAAAUUUAAAAAAAGACACUCAAGUCUGUUAUAGACGUGAAAAAUGGUUGCCAGAAUCUUCUUUAGAUAUAAGAAUUCUUUGUUUUACGAUUUUCUGAUAAUGUAUAAUUUUAAAAAGAACAAGGCAAAAAGGUAUUUUUUGAUGAAGAUAUCAAUAUAUCAAAUUCCUUAAAAAUAAAAUAUAUAUUUGUCAUAUUAUUAGGUUUUUUAACAAUUUUUAGAGAAAAAAGGUUGUAAAUCAAGGGAAUGAAAAGGUUUAAAUCUAAAGUAUAUCUCUAGCUUAGAAAUCGUCCCUCAAUUAAUUUCUUUAGUGACAAAAGUGAUAUAAUUAGGGAUAAUUUAGAUUGGGUAAUUUAAAGUCAUGUUUAGAUGGGAAAAAAGUAGUAUAGGAGCAUGAAAGAGAGUAGAGUAGGCAUUUAAUAUAUAGCAGAUAAAUAUUUCUCAAAACUUAAUGAUGUUAGAAAAGUAAAUAUCAUUACAUAGAUACUUACUUUUAAAGUUAGGAAUUGUAAUGAGUUUUUGCAAAAGCAGGUAGAAAUGAUCGCAAUGGACCUACCAUUAUUAUCCUGAUAACAUCGGGUAAUUUAUUCUAGAGUUAAAUAUUACUACUGUAAUGAUCUCUUUAUGAAAACACAAAGCAUUAGUAUAUGAGUAUACGAUAACUGCGAAACGUGUUAAUAUUUUAAUAGCCUUAAUAAUAUUAAAAGGCCUAAUAUUACAAUUCAUGGAUUUCACAGAUUUUCAGUUGCUCUAUAAGAGACUGUCAGGAUAAUUAUUGUAUACUUUAUGCAUAAAUUUAGGUGAAUUCUAGUGAUCCGCUCAAUCCCAUCAAAGCUGUAUAAUACGCAUCCUCAGCGUGUACGUAGUAUUUGGAUAGCCCUUUGCGCUUUAGGCUGACAAGGUGUGGCUGGGGGAGGGGUAUGAAUAUUUUUUUAUUUUGCAUACCGGUUAUGUUAUUUAUGGAUGUCCCAUUUCCCAUAAAGCUCUGGCAUUCCAAUUUAGCUACACAGAUUGAUGUGCACAUUACGGGAUUUUAAUGUUACCAUUAAUGGAAUCGGCAAUCCUUUUGGUUUUUGGUACCUUAGUUUUGUUUAUUUAGUAUAUUCAGACCUGUUUACUCUUAUGAUUUUGGCUUACCAAUGUAGGGUUUUGAGAAGUCUUUUACUCAUUUCCUUUUUUGCUAACCUAAUUGUAGUCUCUACCCUUUUGACCAUUUUAUAUGUACGCCCAAGCCUGCCAGAACUACGAUUUUAAGAGUUCGGGUUGAAAAUACAUAGCGUACAAAGUAUAUUUUCGAUUGUUGGUUUUAAUUUGCAUUCUACAUCCAGCAGUGAAUGGUUCGAGAAAUUAAAUUGGUUGGGGACCAUCUAUAAUUAUGAUACGUUAGCCCUGAGAGCGAAAUGGAGUGGCGUUGAUUUAGGAGAUUUUUUGUUUAAAAAAGUUAGGGGGGGGUUAAAUAUUUAAGUCUAUCAAAUUAACACAGCCACAAUUUUCUAAUGAUAGUAAGCGAAAAAUAAAGGGGUUGGGGGGGGGGGGAUCUCACAAGAAAGUUCAUGUGUUAUUCAAUUAUUCUACAAUAUUCAUCCCAAAAGUUCAAAAAUAGCAUAAUUAUAUCUCGAUUACUGUGAAUGCUGUAAAAUAUCACCCAAUGUUAAAUAGGAAUUGUGAUGAUGCUCUGUAAUUUAAAAAAUGAACUCGCUAGCUAUUCUCAGAUAGUACUCAGUAGUAGAGACAUUACAGUAAUAUUUAUUUAGUCCACCAUGUGGGAUCAUGCAGGUGACGUAUAUUUUGUUGGGUGAUGCCAGUGGUUCUAAAAUUCUUGUUUCCCGGCGUCCAUGCUAAAUUUAUGUUUUUCACCAGGCUCCCUGAUUGAAAUUCUAAUGAGUACACUUCCAAAUAAGGAAUACAUAAACAAAAUAAUAUAAAGGGUUGGGGAAAAAUAACUAUGACAUGUAUGAAACAAAAUAAUAUAAAGGGUUGGGGAAAAAUAACUAUGACAUGUAUGAAACAAAAUAAUAUAAAGGGUUGGGGAAAAAUAACUAUGACAUGUAUGAAACAAAAUAAUAUAAAGGGUUGGGGAAAAAUAACUAUGCCAUGUAUGUAGGUGACUAAGCGUCAUCUAGUCACUGCAAACUGUAGAUACUCAAGUGGGUUACUGUUUACACUUUACACCACGACCCAAAGUUGUGACAAUGGAUUAAAAUUUAAAGUGGAAAUAAAUUUAUGAAACUUUUGUAAUAUUUCGUAAUGCCCCUGCGAGGAAGCCACAGCAACCCUUAUAGAAAAAUGUGUACCCCACCCACCCAGGCGGACCAGUAAAAGGACAAUUCCUUGCACCCUUUCUCUUUGACUAAGUAAAUGGUUUAAUUCACAAUCGAUGGUCCUUUCUAAAGGCUUUUUUUCUCUUCGCCCCAUUCUUGUGGCCCUGCCCGAGGACAAAGAUUACCCAGGGCAAUGCAGCAUAUAUUAUGGGAACCACUGGGCUCGCUGAAUUGCAGUGGUGAAAACCCAUGUCGCAUUUUCCUUACUGUAACAUAAAUAUAUAAAGAUUGUUGGAUUUUUUUUCGAGAGCUUAUUGCAACGUAUGCAAGACAGUAGGGGGAGGUCAUCAAAAAAGUAAGCUUGCAACAAAAUUUGAGUCUUUUUGUGCUUACAUUCUGUAUAGAUUGCAUCUGCUUGUGUUUUUUUGCUGUAUGAUGUAGUUUUGUGACAUAUUAUUUCUUACGGGUGACCGUUCACCUAAAUAUUGAAUCUAUAGUAGAAACACGUCUGUAAAAAUAAAGUGACAGCAAUUUGCAGUUAAUGUCAGUCAUCUACUUUUUACCGUUCAGUUACCUUUUUUUAGGCUAGCUUAACUUGAUUCCACUAGACAUGCGAUGCGAGUAGUUAUUGUAUAAAUUAUUUAUACUGUAUGUUUAUUUAUUUACUAUUAAGAUACUGUAUGGUACAAUUUUGAGACGAUAUUGUACGAUUUUAGGAGUGCGAGGGUAAACAGGUCUGCAGUGGUGAAACUAACACAUACAUCUCUACAGCUAUUUCAAUCACACAGAGUGUUCACAAAUGGUUCACUCAAGGAUCCUUUUUUUUUUAUUGCAUAUAUGUAGUUGCACUUUGUUUAUUAACAGUUUUACUCAAAGAGUUUUAAAUUUAUCAUCUAACCUUUUGAUUAACACAAUUUUGUGCAAAUAUUUUCUUUAUAAAUUUGAUUUUCUAAACAAUUCUCUCAGUGAAUCACAGGAAUUCUUCUUUCAGUAUCUUCUGCAAUUUUUAUCAAAAAGAGUUUAAAGUUAAAAAUUAACCAUUUCCUCAUGUCAGUUAAACUCCUAUAUUUCUCAGAAAAGAACAACAGCAUUUCCAUUCAUUUCUAAUUUUUCUUUAUUUUCUCAUCUAAUAUGCUUGUUAUCUAAUGUGCUUGUUGAUACAUGCGCUGUCAAUGACUUAACUGCUUUCUUGAAUAAGCCAUUUUUUUGUUCGUUUGUUUCACUUGUGACUCUAUUAUGCUUGCUUGCUUAGGGUGAGAAUUUUAUUAAAGUGAGCAGUCAGACACAGCGCUUGCUAGACCUGGAGCAGGCUAUGGAACAGAUGGAUAUGUGCACUGCUGGACUAAACGUUGACAUUGACCCAACUGCAGAUGCCAAAGAAGAAAUUACGCCACGCUCCUCUGUCGACCACGACGAUGGCGACAUUGAGCCAGAUGUUAGUGCUGCCGACCCUUUCCUUGAAGUUCACCGACCUAAGGCAAGAAUGCCAUCCAAUCAUAGCCUCUCAUUACACCAUCAUUACAUCCUAUAAUGCAGCUGCGGAUGAACAUUACAUAAUCAUUUCAUUUCAUAAAUUCUCCUUACACACCUUCUCUCUCAUUAGUUUCAAAUUUUAAUCAAACAGUAUCAAGAUAUGCCCAGUCCCCACUCAUGAUAAAAACAUCUGAACAAAAAUCGCGUCACCUAUAAGCCAAUCCUGGAUAUUAGUUUUGGUUGUACUCCUAAAUAUAUUUUUAUAACAUAUCUCUGAUGCUUGCAGCAUGCUUCUUGUAUCAUGAGUGUAUAAGAUAUUUUAUGGAAUGUCACUGUAUGCUAGUCUUAGUCAUGCAGGCAUGAACAGAAGUUUAUUUAACAUCACUUGCAUACACUGAAAGGCAUGCUAUUUUUGUUUACUAAUACAAAGAUCAUUUCUUGACAUGUUGAAUUUUAGUCUUAUAAAUUUGAUUGGCUCAACUCGGUUGUUAAAACUUAAAUAUUCGUGAGAAACUAAGAAACCUUGAAGCAUGACAUUCCUAAAUCUCAUACUACCUACUUCAUGGAUAGGGUUUUUUGUGGUAACGUUCUUGUGCUUUUUAUUAGUAUUAUUCCUGAAUGAGAGUAAACUGACAUCAGUGUGGAAAUUUUGUUGUGAAGUCUUGCAUAAACAUGGGUUUCCAAACUUAAAUUUUGAACAAGGCAUCAAUUUUUAAAAAUUCAAAGCAAUUUGCAUGCAAGAAAUGAAAGCAUUCCCAAAUAUACCUGCUGUGUCUCCCCUUGACGACAAGUAAAUUUAAUCCUGUGUUAACACAUUUCAAGCAGUUCCUAAUAAGAUAUGUUGGAACUAAUCAUAAAUGAUGAUCUCUUGGAACUAAUGAUAAAGGAUGAUGUCACAUCAGGAAGAAUAAUUUUUUUUUUGAAACAACGAUUAAAAAAAAAAAAAUAUGUUAAAAGUUUUAAAAUUGGACUAGUAGUAAUUCCUAGUGUUUAUUCAGUGACUUUAAGAGUAUUUGUUGUCUUCUUUUCAUUUGAUAAAAACUGUUUGAAAGGCUUUGAGGUUCUUUGUUUAUAGUAUGAAGACAUUUUUUUAAAUACCAAGAGUUCUGUAGGAAAUAUGCCAUAAAGAAACUUGUGUAUGAAUAGGCCAUAAAGAAACUUGUGUAUGAAUAGGCCAUAAAGAAACUUGUGUAUGAUUAACAGGGGCUCAAAUUAAAUUAAUUGCUUAGAUAUAUAUUUAAUAACCAGAAGAAUCAAAACAAAUAUAAACUUCAAAGUGAUUACGUGAUUGAUGACAAGGGCACAAGUGAGUAAUAACUGAUAGCUUUUCUUUUACUCAAUUAUUAUGAUCCUGUAUUGGUCAAGUGUUGUUUUUUUUAGUGUGGUUUUAGCCAAUCUCUAUCUAAGAAAUUGUUUCCUAGUUCCAAUGUGUACUUGUGUGUUGUGAUCUCUAUCUAGGUCGAUGUUGUCAAAUUUUUCUGUUGUGGUGAAGAGCAUAAAUAAAUUUAUGUUCAUUUAUGCUUGAAAUGCUUCUUAUUGGCUAGUCAGGAAAAAAAUUUUCUUUGUAAAAAUUUAAGCGUUUUCUGUUUUUUUAUUUAGUGAUUUUUAUUUUAAGUUAAAUUUUUUUGUAGUAUUAUUUUAAAAGUCUUUCUGUGAUUAUUUCUAUGAAUUGUUAGUAUGCAGUAUGUAUAUUUUAAGUAUGCCGUUUGGUUAAAAGUUUUGUAUUCUUUUUAGACAUUUCAUUACAUUAUCUUCUAGUGAAGAAACACAAACAGCCAGCUUUUAUGAUCAACUUCUCAUCUGCUCUUUCUCAUCCCCGGCUAAAAUUCCAUUAUUUUUAAUUUUUAAAACUUUUAUUCUCACUGAGUGACAUGUCAGUGUUUUAUUAUUGAUUUUUUUCCCCUCAACUACUCAGAUACAGCAAAAUACCAGCUUGGAACUAGCGAAAGCUAUCCGUGAGCUGGAAGCAAGUACAGCGGCCUUGACCUCAGCAUAUGACAAUGACUCUUACAGCACAACAGAAGCUGGUCCGCCAGAAGCAGCAGCUUACGACACAGAGAGUUACACCAGUAAAACCUCCCUGCAUUGUUCAUCUGGAUAUGGAACAAUGGACAGCACCCCGGCCACAUCAGAAGACACUAUUCCAUCAGCAGGUGGGUCCUGUUUAAAUCUUUAAUCCUUGUCAGCUCUAUUAAUGUGUCUGUGAAAUGUUUAUGCACUACAAGUAAUCUUUAACCCCUGUUCUGUUUAAACAGUGUGAUGUUUUGUAUGUAAAAUAUUUACCAUUUCAUGGGAACACUGAGAUAGGCAAUACAUGGACAUUUUAAUAUUUAAUUUAAGAAAUUAUAAAUUAUUAUUUUUUUUUUAAAUCACUACUUAUUUAUUAUUCCUGUGAACUUGCUCUGUAUCAACAAAGCUUUCUUAGAUAAGACAAUGGAAAUUUGCCUGUGUCAUUUAAAUGCUGGACAUAGAAAAGUAACAUACACAACAGGAGGCUACUUGAAGUUAUUCUUUAGACUUAGGGAUAUCACUGCCUCUAUGAUUUAUCAUCAUGCUGAAGCGUCCCCAGUGGGGCACAGGGUAAAGUAUUUCUCUGUUGCUGCCCCUCAUUGUGCAAGUCCUUCCUAUAAAACAUAUGUUACCAAACUCUGAUACAUCAUAAGUAACUUGUACAACUUACAGGAAUCCUGGAAUGGUUCUUUCCUUCCAUGCACUAGGGAAUAUAACAUUGAAUGAACUGAUUAAAAUCUUUUACUUAGGUAAUCAAGAAAUUAUUGAGGAAAUGGAAGAAAAUGAUCUUUACGAAGAGUUAGAUGGUGAGAAUAUCUUUAAAUAAAUGUCAAUCUUGGGUUAUUUUUCGUUUUAAUUUUUUUUUUAUAGUGAAUUAUCACUUACUCCACAAUUUAUUUCUAGACAUUGGUCACUGUUCCCGCAUUUAAUAGUGGUCAUCACUUUUUUUCACAAUAAUUUUGUAAGGAGCUUCUUUUAUGAUGUCACAUUUUAUUUUGUUCAUGUCAAAAUCAGUUAGUGUCCCUUCAUCAUGCUAUCAGUUUGCAUGCCAUGCUGCAUUAUAAUCCCAUAAUUAGUACGCAAAGCUGCUCUUUACAUGCACCUGCUCUUUUCAGCACUGUAAUAUCUGCCAUAGUCCUAAUUGUCUUUUGAAGUUACCAAUUUAAAAAUUAAUUUCCAUUUGUUAAAAUAAAAAUAAAAAAUUGUAAGGAACUAUGAAUGAAACAAGUCAUUGUUUAAAUUAGAUUACAUUUUAAAAGCCAUCACAGGUGUUUGCUCAGCUUUUGAGAUCUUGUCUUUCUGCAUGAGUAUCAUUUUAACACAAGGCAUGUGUGCACUUAGAUGUUCUUAGGGGGCUUGAUGCCAAAUGCAGCCUGUCUAUCUCCUGUUGACAUGUUUGUGUCCCAUUUGAUAAGACACCUUUGAGCCUGUCUCUGUCUCCUGUUGACAUGUUUGUGUCCCAUCUGAUAAGACACCUUUGAGCCUGUCUCUGUCUCCUGUUGACAUGUUUGUGUCCCAUCUGAUAAGACACCUUUUUCAGGAGGACUUUUUUUUUCUCUCAGUAAGAGGGUAUAAAUUUAAUCCAAACAAUUCAAACAGUGCGUCCUCUUCUGUUCAAUCCUCAAAUGUAAUAAAUUGAUUUAAUCCAAACAAUUCAAACAGUGCGUCCUCUUCUGUUAAAUCCUCAACUGUAAUAAAUUGAUUUAAUUCAAACAGUGCGUCCUCUUCUGUUCAAUCCUCAAAUGUAAUAAAUUGAUUUAAUUCAAAAAAUUCAAACAGUGCGUCCUCUUCUGUUCAAUCCUCAACUGUAAUAAAUUGAUUUAAUUCAAACAAUUCAAACAGUGCGUCCUCUUCUGUUCAAUCCUCAACUGUAAUAAAUUGAUUUAAUCCAAACAAUUCAAACAGUGCGUCCUCUUCUGUUCAAUCCUCAACUGUAAUAAAUUGAUUUAAUUCAAACAAUUCAAACAGUGCGUCCUCUUCUGUUAAAUCGUCAAAUGUAAUAAAUUGAUUUAAUUCAAACAAUUCAAACAGUGCAUCCUCUUCUGUUAAAUCCUCAAAUGUAAUAAAUUGAUUUAAUCCAAACAAUUCAAACAGUGCGUCCUCUUCUGUUAAAUCCUCAAAUGUAAUAAAUUGAUUUAAUUCAAACAAUUCAAACAGUGCAUCCUCUUCUGUUCAAUCCUCAAAUGUAAUAAAUUGCAUCCAAUUUUAAUUUCUGUAAAUAAAGUAAGGAAAAGAAAACUUUAAAAUGAUGUAAUCCUAAGUCUAAAGCACUGUUGCUAUUGUCUCUCUCAGAUAAAAACAAACAUUUUGUUUAGUCUAUUGAGAUGUGCACACAUUAUUUCUGAGUGAGUUUAGUUAAUAAUAACAUUUAUUGCAACCGACAUUGACAUGUAGCUUUUAGUGACAGUUUUUAAAAAAAAAUGAUAUUGCCAGUACCUGACUCUCCACAAUGCUUGAUGUUGUCUACACAUUGAUGCCUGUUUAUCAGCAUGUUUGUCUUGCUGUGUGCUAUUGCAGAUGUUACUUUUGUAGAGGACACAUUUGAGCCUGAAAAGUAUAUGACAAUGCCCCGUACAGGAGAUUUCAAUGCUGCCUAUCGUAUUGCCGUUACUGGUGGUCAGCCCCAGCGACCUGCAUCGACAGCAGGUUUGUGACCCAGAUGAUAUAUAGUCAAAAUAUUAGUCACUCUUACAGUAGGUUUGUGUGCAUAUUUGGGCCAUGAAAUAAUGUCACCACUUUUUCUGUCUUGUGCACUGAAUGAUGCUUUAUAUUGGUGCUUGAAAUCUGAAAAUUAUUUAAUGAAUUAUAACUGUUAACUCUUAUUAGUUUCAAAAAUUUCCCUAAGUCUAAACAAGAAUUGUGUUAAAUUCAUUGGCAAUAAAAUAAAUAUGUACUUUGAUGAACCAGGUUCUUAUUUUGAGGUGCAUGUCAGUUUCUUUUCCUUUUUUCUCAUUUUUUUAUUUUUUAAAUUUGUCAAAUUUUAGCUAAAGUUAAAAGCUUAAAUGGCCACCUGUAGUCAAUGAGUGAAUAAACAUUUCUUUGACUUUAAAAAGAUUUCUUCCCAUACAAUGCCUAACGUUACAUAAUAGAGCAUGACACUAAUACAUAUAAGAAAAUAUAUAAUUAUUUCUCUAGUGAUAAUAUUAAAACAAAGCUUUGUUUCUUUGAAAAUUUCUACUUUUCAUUUUCAAGAUAUAAAACUAAUUUAAAAAGACAGGCUAAAAUCUUAAAUUGCAAACUUUGAAGUUCAAACCUUUUAUGAAGUGUUUACUAAACGACAUGAUAGUGUCAUCUCUUAAAAACUUGAAGGCCUUGAAGAAAGUUCAUCUUUGAACGGCUUGUGAACCUAUCUAGUCUACUUACACUGCAUGUAGUAAAGGUGUUGUAAAAUGUUUGUUUGGCAUUGACAGAUUUUUGUGGCUUUCCAUAAAGCAAUUUUAAAAGACUAGGAUCAUCUUAUUUUUACAGGAAUCCCCAACUCAAGUCAAACCAGGACAAUCCUCAAUCCACAGAAGCCUCCGCCACCCAUCAGACGAACAUCCUCUGUGGCCGGGACAGCACCAGCACAUGUGCAGAAGAUGAGGGCACCUCUAUUGAAGCAGAUUUCUACUGACAACUCGAGCAGGGCGGCCGAGAAUGACGGCACGUACGCUGAACUUCAGCUGGUACAGCAAACCAUCCACAAAACUGCCCACCAUAGCCCAGAGAAUCCUGACCAUGUCCAGUUUCACUCUGGAUUAGAUGGAGUAAAUCCAUACAUGCAGCCUCGAGGCCAAGCGUCCACAGCAAGUGUAAUUCAAAGUUUGAAUGCCAAGUUUGCGUCCCACAAUCCGCCUUCAGAUGGACAAGAUGGCGUCGAUGGUAUCUACAAACCGCCUCCUCCAGCCGUUAAACAGAAACCAAAUAAAUCUUUACCCCAGGGGGCGGUCAUCCCGCCGGCUCCUUCGGUCGGCGUUCCUCCGCCGCCUUCUGUUACUGGUGUUCCUCUACCCCCUUCGGCCACUGCAUGGCACCAGCAGCAGUAUAGUCAAGGGGGUGCUCAUGAGGCUGUGUACAGCACAGCUCGCCCACUUCCACCAAAUCAGGCACCUCCACAAGGUGGACAUUAUUCAAAUCCAGGACCUUCGCAUGGAGGACUUCACAAUAAUCAGGGACCUUUACAGAGUGGACACUUGGGUCAUCAACAAAACCAAUUUCAUCCAAAUAGUGGACACUACUCCAAUCAAGGAGAUCCACAUAGAGGGCACCCUUCCAAUCAAGGACAUCCACAGGGACAUCCCUCCAAUCAAGGACAUCCACAUAGAGGACAACCUUCCAACCAAGGACCAUUGCAUGCUGGACAUCACCCUUACCCAGGACAUCACCAGGCUGGACACCAUUCUAAUCACCAAAUACAUCAAUACACCAGUCUUAACCAGCAGCAGAUACAACGAUUACAGCAACAGAGUCACAUCCACCACCUCCAACAGCAACAACAGCAGCAGCGAAUUCCAGCUGGAACAUUAGAGGAGGACUUCCCAUUACCACCCACUGUUGAAGAGCUACAGGAAAUUGAGAGGAUCUACAGCCGACCCCCUCAGCAUGGAGGCUCGAUGCCUGUACGAGCCCAGCAUGCACGGCACCCUACUGGUCAACCUUUACAGUUACAAGCUGAAGGAGUUCAAGCAUCACUUUUGUUAGAACUUAAACGUCGGGUGUCUGUUGAUGAUGAAUCAUCAUCUUAAAGAUAUCUAAAUGCUAGAAUUUUCAGGGGAAAUCUAACUAAAGCUGAACAUGGAGUAUGAUAAUGAAACCAGCUGGAUUAGAUUAAGGUUUUUUUUCAACUCUGUUUCUACUAAUGUAAUACUGUACAAAUUUUGUUUUUGUUUUUUUUUACAUACCCAGCUGCAAAUAGAAAAGAUACAAUACUUAGUGCAAUCAAGAUUUUUUUUUGUGGUGUGCAUUAUAUUUCAAGUCUUGUAAAUAAAUAGUGUCAGAAUUUAAUU